ACAAAUAGCCCAUGACUGCAUGAGCUCUUUAUUCCGUGAUCUCAAAUAACUGAAUACAGGAAUAAGGAAAUGUGGCACAAACUGACUUUAUUGAAUACUUUAUCAGGAAAUAUAAGUGUUAUAUCUAAAUGAUAUACCUGUAAACAGUCACCUAAAUCUGGAAAUAAUAAAGUUGCAAGUCUCUGUGUCAACAGAAGUAUAAGUCGUCAUGUCAGAUGUUUUCAUUCCUCGUGGUUAUGUUUCAAAAACAUUCUGGCCUGUUGAAAAGUCAUCUAUACCUUCUGAAAACUUGGAUGAAUCCGACCUAACUGAAAUUCAACCGUUCAGCGUGUAUCAUCUUGAUCAUCCCCAUGUUAUAAGAAAACGAUCCGGACAUUUUGGUGCUUCACCGCGGUGUCGGGCAAGUGCUACCGAUUCUUUGGAUCUCACUAGAAAAGUUUUACAGCCAGCAAUCAACUAUGAUGUUGUGGAAGUGUUUAAGAAGUAUAUUUCGGUUUUUCGGGAUGCGACAGAAAAUAUAGUGUCAAACAUGCACACUGAGCCAUUUACCUCAUGUGCAACUUCUGAUGAACUCAAUGUUGAGAAUAUGGUUUUUAAAGCUUGUUCUGAUGCCCUUGAACAUUGCAAAUCAUUAUUUGACACCAGGACUCCUGUGAAUCAACCAAAAAGUAAAAUUGCUAAAAUUCAGAAUGCAGGUUCUGGAAAAGGGCAACAACAGACAUCUAUAGCGUCAUCACUACCUGGAUGGAUGGUUAUGAAGAGAGUGCCAAGUCCAGAUUUUCCUUGGACAAAGAGACUUGCAAAACACUCACCAAGAAGAUCACUCUCUCCAACUCCCAGAUCAGCAAAAAGAGGCAAGGCAACUCCAAGAAGAUAUGGAAGCCCUCAACAUGGUGGAAGAGAACCACUUAGUCGUGAUAAUUGGGAUCCAGAUAAGCUAAAUACUGAUACCAAGUUCAUAAUGGGAACAAGAGCAAACAAAGCGUUAGGACUUGGAGCGACCAGAGGUAGAAUUUAUAUGAAGCAUCCAGAAUUAUUCAAGUAUUCCAGUGACCCAGAUGAUAAAAAAUGGAUGGUGAAAAACAACUGUAUGUUGGCUACAGGAGGAAAAAAUACAUUUAUCAUGAUUGCAGACAACAUAUUUGACCUGAUAGAUAAUGAAUACAAAGAUAGUCCACAUAUAAUGAGAGAGGAAUUACAAGUCUUUACUCUUCCUGAAUUUAUUCUGCAAAAAAUGCGAGCACUUAUGAUCAAGGAAAAGAAAUUGACACAGAAACUGACAAGAAAGACUGCAUCACCCGCUCCACCACGAUCCGAGGUUUUAGUGGUAAAAGAAGAACAUACUUCGGUGAAGUCGUAUCAAAAUCAUCAACAACGUGUAGGUCAAACUUCACCUCGUCACUCUACAAGACCAGCAGCCGAGCGAGCUGCAGCUGCAAUAUGUGCAUCAUCAGAAGAAAUGGAUGAAACUAGUAAUGGAAGAGUUUCAUUCACUAGACAGUCUGAUGCAGAAAGUUUAUCUGGAUAUAGUGAUUCAGAGCCAGAUAGGACUGGACGUAGUCAUGCGACUGGCUAAUAUUUUCAAUUCGAUUCAACUCAAUGCGAGCUUUCUUUUUGCAUAAUAUGUUUGAAAAACAAUGGUAUAGGUGUUUGAGAGGAGUAAUUUCUAAUUUUGAUUUGGACGAGUAUGACUGAAAACUUUUAAGAUAGGGCUUCAUAAGGCAAUAACUUUUAUAAAUCUUAUGAUUUGCUCAAUUUUAUUGUUGUUUUAUUUUUUUAUUUUUUAACAUUGUUCUCGAUAUUGUGAGCUAAUUUUGUAUGAUUCUUGGAUAUUUUUCAGUAGCACAUUAAGUGUAGAAACUGGAAAUAUAGGACUUAAAUUUUUCAUCCUGACGUUAUGUGCCUCAAAAAAAAAAUUUGUUGAAAUAUUGGUAAUGAUGAAGAUGCGAAAUUCUCGAUAUGUACUUUAUAUUUAUAUAUGUUUUAACCAGUACUGUCUCCCAGUCUACGAGGAAAUUGUGCAAUUUAUUACAUUCAGCCGUGUUGUGA